AUGAACGCCAGACGCGGUCUCCUCUUCCCCUCACAGGCGAUUCGUCGAGGAAUCGAGCGACGCGGACAACACAUGAUGAGAACGGACCCAUUGACUCGUUUUCGUGCGUUGGCCGAGUCGACGGUUAUCAAACCGAAAACACUCAUCACCGGUUCGUUGGGACAAUUGGGAAGAGGAUUAGGAACGAUGCUCAGAUUUAUGUACGGCGAGGAAUCGGUGGUGAUGACGGAUAUCGUUAAGUGUGACCCAAACGCGCCCGAUGUUGUCAACUACUCGUUCCUCGACGUCACCAACGAGCGGGCAAUCGAGGAGGCCGUUGUCAACAACAACAUCGACACACUGGUUCAUUUCUCGGCCUUGCUUUCGGCGGUGGGUGAGCAAAAUGUGCCAUUGGCGAUCGAGGUGAAUGCAAACGCGUCGAACAAAAUCCUCGAAGUGGCCAGGAAACACCGCCUGAAGGUGUUCAUCCCGUCGACAAUCGGCGCUUUCGGGCCGACGACCCCACUCGAGAUGACACCCGAUUUAACGAUUCAACGACCGAGAACCAUUUAUGGAGUGACAAAGGUGUACAACGAGCUGCUGGGCGAGUACUACGCCGAGCGUUUUGGCGUCGAUUUCCGUUGUCUCCGCUUCCCGGGGAUCAUCUCGGCGACGAAACCCGGUGGUGGCACAACUGAUUACGCCAUUCAAAUCUUCUACGACGCGAUUUUACAUGGACACCAUAAGUGCUACCUCGAGCCGAACACCCGCUUGCCGAUGAUGUACGACACGGAUUGCAUGGCCGCCAUUGUUUUUUUCCUCGCCGCUCAACAAGAGCAACUAUCAAUGCGGACCUACAAUGUGACCGGGUUCUCCUUUACUCCCGACGAGAUUGCGACAGCCAUUCGAAAGGUGAUGCCCGACUUCAAGAUCACCUACGAGAACAUUUGUCCGAUUCGACAAAAGAUUGCCAACUCGUGGCCGAAAGCACUCGCCGAUGAAAAUGCACGACGCGAUUGGGGAUGGCAUAACGAUUUCGAUCUUGAUUCAACCGUGCAGAUCAUGUUCGCCCUUCUCGAGUCCCAAAUCCGUCCCGCCGAGCAAACGAUUGCUCACCAGAGCGCC